AUGGGCCCCAGGGCACCCCCAGGGGGCCCCCGGCGAGGCAGCCGCUGCUCGUGGGGCCUCCUGCUGCUUCUGGCUGUAGCAGCACAGACUUUGGGGGCCAGAGCAAACGAGGAGGUGUAUCCGGCGCAGCAGCAGCCGCAGCAGCCGCAGCAACAGCCGCACCAGCAGCCAGAACAGCAGCAACCCCUAGAGCUUCUGCGGGCAGACCUGUUUCAGCAGCAGCAACGGCGAGGAGAGCCGCAUCAGCAGCAGGAAGUACUGGAGGAGCAGCAACAUGAAACUGACGAAGACGACGCUCUAGAGCCGCUGCCCCUGCAGCAGCAGCAGCACGAGUUUGAAGAGCAGCAAAGGCAGGAGGACGAGGCCGAGCCUGAACAGCAGCCAUCUGAGAUGGCACAGCAGCAGCCGCAGCAGCAGCCCCAGCAGCAGCCCCAGCAGCAGCCGCCGCAGCAGCAGCAGCCGCAGCCGCAGCAGCCGCUCGCUGAGGAUUCUGAGGGCAGCAGCGCAGCAGCACCAUCCGCAGCUGCUGCUGCGUUGCUGCAGGAUCUGCUGGAGUCUCUAGAGAGCCAGCGGCAGCAGGAGAGGCAGCAGCAGCAGCUGGCCGACGCAAUCCACGCAGAGUUGGAUGCCCCAAGGUCAGCAGCAGCGCAUGCGCACUCGUCAGCAGCAGCAGCUGCUGCUGCUGCUGCAGCAGCAACGCAGGGCCCAGAGGGGCACCUGAGGAAAAAGGUCAUGAAGGUGCAGCAGGGCUUUGCAGAAAUUGCUGCAGCAACAGUCAUUGGCAGGAGAGCAGAUGAUGAGGACGUAAGAUAG